AUGGCCGGAAGCACUAUUGGAGCGAACAUCAACCCCAUGAUACACUUGUUCCCCUCGGCGAUGCUGAUUCUUCUCCAGCUCGUUGUGCCUACUGUGACAUCACCGGCGAGAGGAGAACUGCACUCGUGCCCUUACCACCUCAAGGAUGUUUUUCUCUUCGACAAGGAGGUAGCUGAGGUUCUGAGACAUAUUGUUCCAUCCACGCCUGAGUCUGAAAGAUACCUCGAGUCCUACGCCGGAAUGAUACUGGACGCGAUGGGAGUCGGCGGAGAUGUACUCAACGAGGCGAUCUUGGGAAACCCUCUGCACGUGUACGGCCUCAUCAAGCGCAUGGUUCUCUACUGGCCUCCCGUUAAGGAUAUCGUUUACAAUACUACCAAGGCCAAAGGUAUAGUGACUUGGGAUGUUAUUGGUUGA